GCUUCUGAACAUCAUCACUUGCAGCUUCACAAGCAAAUCAAAACAGAGCAAAGUAGCAAACUGAAGUCUCAGCUCUCCAGCUUCCAUCCAGAAAGAAGAAGAAAAAAGGCCAACAAACAACCAUGAUCAGCGCCAAGAUGAUUGCUCAUCUGGCCAAGAAGUGGCAGAGGAUGGCUGCACAAGGCAGGAAGCGCCUCACCUGGGCUGCAGCAGCAAAGGAAGCCAACGAGUGCUGGAGCUCCGUGGCGAGCAAGGGCCACUGCACGGUGUACACGGCCGACGGCGCGCGGUUCGAGGUGCCGCUGGCGUGCCUUAGCACCGCGUUCUUCCGGGAGCUCCUGCAAAUGUCACAGGAAGAGUUCGGGUUCACGGGCGGCGAUGGCAGGAUCACACUUCCCUGCGACGCGGCCGUCAUGGAGUACGCCAUGUGUUUGCUCAGGAGAGGCGCCUCUGCCGAGCUAGAGCAGGCUUUCCUUAGCACCAUGGCGAUGUCGUGCCACUAUGUCAGCCGUGUGGCGCCGUGUAUUGAAGCAAGCCAGCAGAUUGCUGUUUAGUGCUGUUCAGUGUAGUGUAGGUAGUACUAGUAGAGCAAAGAUAUUCUAGAUAAGUGUUGUUCAGAGACUUCUAAUCCAGCAACUGAUCAAGUAAGGUGUUAUAAGUACAAGAAAAUAGAGACAUGAUUCUUGUUCUGAACCUAUGUUUCGCUGCAGUGUCAGAGAUAAUUGGUUUAUGGAAUUGUGAGGACUUACAUUAAGUGGCAACAGAGUUUCUUCUGCAGA